AUGAAUCCAUUAGUAACUAAUGUUAUCAUCAUGCUUGUCAUGAUGCAAAUUUCUCGUCGUUUAGACAUGGAAGACCCCACCAUUGUCUUUUACGUCCGUAUCCUUUAUUGUAGUUCCAUCUUUAUCACAUGGGUGGUCUACCAAUUAACUAGAAGAAAGAUCGUAGCCAAGAAUGAUUUAACUACCAUAAAAUACGUUACACCAGGUAAUUCCUUCCUAGGUGAAAAGGAAAAAUUGGAAGUGACAACUGUGAGAGAUUACGAUUUGAAAGAUAUUGAUGGAAGCAUUAAAUCUAUUUACACUGGGUUGGCCAUGAUGGGGUUCAUGCAUUUGUAUAUGAAAUAUACUAAUCCUUUGUUCAUGCAAAUCAUUUCUCCUGUGAAGGGUGCCUUUGAAAAUAAUCAAGUGAAGAUUCAUUUGUUUGGUAAACCAGCUGUUGGUGAUUUGAAGAGACCAUUCAAUGCUGGUGGGAUGAUGGCUGCCUUCAGCUCAAACGCUGUUAAGACUGAUAAGAAAUCUGUCGCCGACGCUGAAAGAGCUGGUAAUGGUGGUUUCAAGAAGGAUAAUUAA